AUGUCGCGACCCACGACCCGCAUGAACGAGUACUUUGUGCCCCGUGAUGGCAUCGACCGUGAAGUGAUUUCUGCUGAUAUCUGCCGCUAUCUGGGCAAUGAUGCUUUGGUGCGACCUGGUCACUAUGAGAACCCACAAACUGGCCAACCCGUCCAGGGUUACUAUAUUACGGCGUACCGCAACUUGACGACCGCCAUGAUUGAGGAUCUCAAGGCCGACUCGGCUCGGUGGGACAGGGAACGCCGCGCCCAGACCGCGCGUAACAGCAGCGGAGGUAUCAGCGCCUCGAGAUAUGCCAAUUCAGGUGCCCCUAGACCGAGAUCUAACUCUCCUCCAGUCCAGUACCGCUACUCUGAGACACACCAGUCUCGGCAGCAUCAUGGCCCUACUGAACCCCCUUACCGAGAUGAUUCCUAUCCUCCUCGUGAUGGUCUAUAUGACGCCCCAAGGUAUCCAGGAACCGGCGCCCAAGGAUAUAAUGGUGCCUCCGGCCCGUACCAGCCUCAGCAGCAGCCGCCGCCGCAACAGCAGCAGCAGCAGCAGCAAGGCUACGCUCCUCCCAGUGGCAGUGGCGGCGCGUACGGCGGCAACGGCAAUGUCGGCUUUCAGCAGCCUCAGCAAUCUCCCGGACCCGCUGACGCCAGAUAUGGCGGUAAUCCUCAGGGCCCGAUGAUGAACCAAGGAUACCAGAAUCCGGAUGGCGCGUAUGUUUCUACCGGUGCCAACAUGCCUCCCAGGAACUAUCCCAAUGAUGCUUAUGCCGGUGGCCACCCUGGAUCAGCUGUCCCACCACCUCAGCAGCCUGUAUAUGCUUCAAACCAGCCUGUCCCACAAGGAUAUCCCGCCCCCAAUUACCCAUAUCCUAGCCAGGCUCCUGCGGGCGGCAUGGCGUAUGCUACACAGCCUCAGGACCCUUUCUUCGGCCGAGGUGCGUCUCCCAACAAAAACCACCCCAAGCCUUCAUCCAGGUAUGCCUCACAAGGACACGCGUAUGAAGACACUCCCCCUCCAACUCGCACCUCCGUACCCCCAGCAGAGAGCCAGACGCCGCCACGGGAAUCAAGUACACGUCUAAGUGACAGGGAAAGCGACAGGAACCAUCGACCACCACCUCCUCGUCGAUAG